UAAGAAAAAAGAGGCACGCACCACAUAUAGCAUAAAGCUCGCCAGUGCAGCGUGUUACGCGACACUACCUACACACGGGGUCCCCCCUCGGUACAUCUGCACUCGCGAUAUACUUCGCGACAGCCUACGUAUCGUAAUUUCGUGCAAGUUCGGCAAAUUGUCAAAAUGAAGCGCAACAACGUCUUUCGCGGAUCUCGCUUUAGUCUCGUGCCUCGGCUCCGGGCGAGCUGCUGUACGCGCCGAGUAGCUUUGCCUGCUGCAGCUGCGGCUACUCGUGCAACGCAAUGAGCGCGUCAAAGUGAGCCUGUGUGUUCUCUGUCUCUCUCGGUGUUUGCACUCGCUUGCAUACACCCCUAUACCUAUAUCUAUAUACAUAGUAUACAGCGGCGAGGAGUUCGCUGCAGCUGUGCCCGGAAUUCGCGGAGGAGGACGCCAAAAUUAUUCGCCUCAGCUUUUGAGGUUAAUCGGAGCUUGAAUCACUGCCAUCGUAUCACCAUCGCCCUCGCCAGCUGCUGCGUGCCCACUGAGAGACUGAUUUCGCAAACGAGCCAUAUACAAUAUCGUUAACGAGUUAUCGAAAUCAAUUCUCAGUAGUAGCAGCAGCAGCUGUUUUAUAGUAGUAGUGUUUGACAUAUAGCAGCUUAUCACGCGCUUCUUCGAUGAUAUCGACCUUGAACAACUUCAAGUAUAAGAAAAUAAGCAGACUUCUCAAUGGCAAGUGAAAGAUGACACCAGCUGCAGCAGCGGAGCAAUGACUAAGACUUAGAUAUCAAAUUCUGUACAAUUCAAACAAUCAGUAGCGAUGGCUUUUAAAGGGCCCAAAUUAAUGUGGCUAUUGCUGCCGCUAUUCCUGUUGAUGCUAUGUGAUAAAACUAACUCUACGCAUAUCACAGGAACCUUCAAGACAAAAGAUUUUUUCAAGUUCCUCAUUAAAUUUGGUUUUCAACGAACAGAUCAACUUAAUCCAAAAGAUUCUUACGGAUAUAUUUUUGGUAAUAUCACUUCAAGAACAAACUUUACUCAGAACAUUACUUUGGCUGUGCUCGACCGCAGCCACUUUUUAGAAUACUAUGGCAAUCGAACAAUAAGAAAUAAGGAACUCGCCUGUGCCAUGAUGUUUGAUACGCUUAAGAAGAGUUCAUACGAUGAAAAAUGCAACGAUGAUGGUCAAGAUUACUUGAGGAGAGUCCCUUGUCCAAAAGGAAAAUUGUGCCCAGAUGAAAAUGUACCUUGGAAUGUAAUUAAAGGAAACCAAUUUACUUAUACGAUACAAGAUCUGUAUCAACCACGUUUCUGGUACAUUAGUUUGGUAGCAUGCUACAGAAAUAAUGAAACUUGCCAAUGGGAGUAUUAUGACAAACAAGAUGAAUUAGAAUAUGACAUAUGGCUUGUCAAUGGGAAUCCUAAUAACAGUGGUUUGAACAGUCUGACCUAUCAAUUCUCUUAUGAUAGGCAGAAUACCAUUGAAAUGUAUUUGAUGUUCUUUGUGUGUUAUAUAAUUUUGGUGCCACUUCAAUUGUAUGCUGUUAGCAUACAAAAACAUCCUGUUACAAGACUUUUCACAGCCAGUCUUCUUUUUGACUUUAUGGCUUUAACCCUAAUUCUAAUUCACGUUUUAAAAUUUGCACUUGACGGGGUAGGCUAUGAGCAAUUAGAAGUUGCAGGUGACAUAAUGGAUAUUAUAUCAAGAACAACUUUCAUGCUAUUACUAUUAGUACUAGCUAAAGGUUGGGCAGUAACCAGACAAGAAUUAACUUGGAAACCUUUACUUUUUACAAUUUGGCUUUGCUAUGGAGUAGUACACAUUUUAUUAUAUGUUUGGAAUAUGACGGAAGUUGAUAUCAUUGAAGAUAUUGAUGAGUAUCAAACUUGGCCUGGUUGGUUUAUAUUAUUUUUCCGUACUAUGAUUAUGGUUUGGUUUUUACGCGAACUUCGAAACACCAUGAUGUAUGAGCACAAUACUCAAAAACUUAACUUUUUGCUUCACUUUGGUGCAUCUUCAUUGGUAUGGUUUAUAUAUUUACCUGUAGUAGCUCUUGUAGCCCUUCAAGUUGGUGCUCUUUGGAGGUUUAAAUUAUUGUUAGGUAUCACAUACUCAAUUGAUUGUUUUGCUUAUUGCGUUAUGGCUCAUUUACUUUGGCCAACGCGUAGUGAACAAUAUUUCCUUUUAGCUGAAGGUGCGGAUCAUGGCGAUGAACUCGAUGAAUUUAACGAAGCACCUCACGUUAUCAAUAGCUACGUAGAACCACCAGAGUUUAACAAAAUCAUUGCUUAAGUUAAACCCAGAAAAGUAAAAUGGUGUGUUAGUAGAGUGUUACUUUUUAUGUUGUAGACUGAGUCUUGUCACAUUGCAUUUAAUGAAAAAAAAAUGAUGCCACACAGACACGUUAUUGAAAAUUAUUCAGUUGA